UUUUGACUACCUUAUGAAUUUUUUUAGUAUUUGUUUUCUAUCACAUACAUAGUAAAUAAUUUUUUUUUUCAAUUAAUUUUAAAUACCUAGGUGCUAACAUAAAGAACCCGUAUUUAAUUAUUACAAAGGUAUUUAGUAUGACUGCCGAUUCAGAAAAUAAUUAUUGUUUUAAAACAGAAAAUAAAUUUAUUGUAAAAAGUGGAUGUAAAAAACGAAUGUGGAGAUCAUUAAAGCAAAUAUUGACAGCUGAACGAGCUUUACCAUGGCCUAAUGAAGCAGUAUUAUAUUACUCUAUAAAUGCUCCACCAACAUUUAAGCCAACUAAGAAGUACUCAGAUAUAUCUGGUCUACCAGCACCAUACAUAGACAGACACUCCAAACUUUACUACAGUAAUGCUGAAGAGUUUGCCACAGUAAGAAGUUUACCAAUGGAUAUAACAGCUGGAUAUCUGCAAUUAAGAGGAGCUAAUACAAUUGUGGGUUGAAUAGCAAGCUUUUCAUUUUGAAUACUUUUGAAUCAUUUGUCCAAUUUUAGAAUCUUAGGUUUUUAUCCAAGCGGUAUAUAAUUAUAAAUAAAAAAGAGGUUCACUGACAUAAUUUACUUAGAUUAUAAUUUAUAGGAUCAUCAGCUCUAACAAUUAUAAUUGUCAGACUUGGUUCUUACAUAUCUAUAACCAAAAUAAAAAAGUCAGUUUGUCAGUAUCUAAUAGAACGGAGCGUAAUAUAAAAUCUAAGAAAAAUGACAAAUAUGUAUAGGCAAUAAAUCCAGAAAACUGAAAUUGUCAAGGAAUAGACACAAUUCAUUAGGUAAAUGGAAUGAUAGUCUCUGCCUGGAUAAAAAGGCAUACACAAACUGAAUAAAAUAUGGAGGGAUAAUAUAGUACAGAUAGGUGGAAAGUUGUAUGCUAAAAGUUGGAGGAAUCCUGCACCAAUGGUACACAGAAAUCUGACAAUCAAUAAUACUAAUUAAUCUUUUAUUUUCUGAUAAUUACUUAAUGUUUAAAUAAAGGCUUAUUUAUUAUUUUUGCAUUUA